GCCAGUCGGACUGCAAAGAAAAAAUUAUGGCUUAUUGUCUGUGCGAGUUCACCCACACUGCUCACUUCUGCCUCCCGUGUCCCAGGUGACUGUCCUGAUCCCGGCUUAGCUGAGCCACAGGAGUCGAGGGAGAGACACCCAGGGGCAGUCCCCCGCCGCUAAAAUCUGAAUAAUUUAAAAGAGAAGGACAUCCUUAUACUGGAAGCAGGCAAUUCCAACACAGCCUGGGAGCACGGCACAGCCCUGAACAUGACCACGGACACUUUUGCAGAGUUCCUGAACAAGCUCAAGGAAAUUCACGAGAAAGAAGUUCAAGGGCUGCAAUCAAAGCUAACGGAGCUGACGACGGAGAAGUGCCGCGAUGCCCAGAGAAUCGAAGAGUUGUUUGCUAAAAACCACCAAUUAAGGGAACAACAGAAGGUCCUCAAAGAAAAUGUGAAAGUGCUAGAAAACAGGCUGCGAGCGGGUCUCUGCGACAGAUGCAUGGUCACCCAGGAGCUGGCAAAAAAGAAGCAGAAUGAGUACGAGACCUCCCACUUCCAGAGCCUCCAGCACAUCUUCAUUCUCACUAAUGAAAUGAGUCGCCUGAAGGAGGAGAAUAAAACUCUCAAGGAAGAACUAAAGAGGCUCCAGAGCCUGGAGGACAGGACCAAGUGCCCAGGAGCCAUCUCCAGAGAGAGCAGCUCCGCGCCCAGCUCCCCCUUGGCCUUACUGUCCCCAGCGAGCCGGAACGCCAGCAGCGAGAGAGGGGCUCCCAGGGCAGCAGAGGAGACCCACCACGAUGUGCCGGGGCUUGAGCUGGGUGAAGAAAAGCCUGCAGGACAGAGAAGCUCUCCAAGCAGUAGGAUUUCCCCAAGCACCGUCCUCCAGGAGGCCAGCCUUGCAGAAACGGCAUCCCAGAGGAUCUCCAACCAGCUGCACGGGACCAUCGCCUUGGUGAGACCCGGCUCCAGACCGUGCCUCCUGGAGAAAAGUCCUUCGGGAGCAGCAGUGUCCCCCCCGGCAAGAAAAACCCCUCUGCCGCUGGAGCGGGAGCGCAGCCCCAGCCUGGAGCCCUAUUUAACAGCAACCAAGCCAGACUCACCCAAGCUUGCCUCGUCUUACGAAACCCUAAAACUGACCGCCCGGAAAGAGCAGCUCUGCCUCCUCAACAGGCACUUCUCCCUGCACCAGCUGGGGCUGGCGGGCAACUGCGCCCUGGCCGACAGGGACGGCAGCUUCCCCAGCCACCUGCUCAGGGCCAAAGAUGGCGAGGGCAGGAUGAGGCCCCCCGACGACUGGGACGACCGCGCUGCCCUGCUCAAGCUCCCCGCCGCCGUGGUGUACAUGAGGGACCAGCACCUGGAGGGGAAGCUGCACCUCCUCAAGCACCGGGAGCGGCUGCAGCAUCUCCUCCUGCACCAGCGGCAGCAAAGCCAACGGGCCAGGGCGGAGAGUGACCCGAAAUCUGUGCCCGAGGAGCGGCCCCUGUCCCCGUGGCCGAGCAUCAUGGGGGGAUGCAAGGAGGAGAGGUCCUUCCUGGAGGAUGCCGUGGAUGGGAAGGAGGAGAAGGAGCUUUGGCUGAGCCGGGAUGUCUCUGAGCACCGAGAAAAGGUGGAGGCGGGGAGGGACUAUGGUGCGGACGUACCGCUGGACCUGUCGGAUGCUGGCCGCGGCAGGGAAGCAGGCUGGAGGGACUGCCGGGAGCCGCGGGAGGCCGGCAGCCCACGGCCGAGCCCCAGGGGCAGCCCCAUGCACGGCCCCUGCGGGCGGCACGGGAUGGAGCAGGACGGCUCGCGUCCCCCCAGCCGCUGGCCCAACACUCCCCGGGCACCGCUUGCAGAGCAGCACGGUGCUGCCAAGGAGGAGGAGGAGGAGGAGGAGCAGGAGGAAGAAGCUAUGCUCGCUCUCUCCCGGACACAUCCUACAAGCAAGCCAACGCUGAGCGACCCAGAGGCCCUCACAGAGCCCAGGGUGAGACUGGCUGCCAGUGCACACAAGGGAGAAGCAGAUGACGACGAUGCUGAGUCCGGGCAGCAGGAAUCCGAUGAGGCAGACACGACGGACAGUGAGGUGGCUGCCCCUUGUGAGCAUGACGUCCUGCAAGAAGCCCAGGCUGAAGGGAAAUACUUUUGCACCAAAGACAGAGCUCACGGACUACAAAAGAAGAGGAAAAGAGGACAGGAUCCCUGGACAAAAGCAGGAUCUAAGAAGUCAAUGAGAGGAAGGAAGAAAGUCAAAGCUGAACAGUGCUCGGCGGGGAUCACAGAAGAGCCAGAGAACUGCUCAGCUGCCAGCCACGACGCCUCCGAGAAGAGCUAAGAGCAGGAUGAGGAGCAGCACAGGAGCUGCAGGCCGAAGGAGAAGGCUCAGAGACCUCGGCUUCCCUCCCGCGCUGGGAGAGCUGCUCCUGCCUGAUGUGCCAGGAAUGAGGGAACUCAGCGGGGCUCUGGAAUGAGCAGAGCACCACAAAAGCCUUCACUCAGUGCCCCGGCAGAGGCUCGGCGAGGAAGAGGGCUGCGGGUGAGACCGGGAGCAGCCGGGUGGCUGUGGCGGGGCAGCAUACUCCGUGCCCCCCAGCCCUGUGCCCUCCUGCUGGUGCCAGGAGGGGGAGAUGCCGCUGCAGCACGGGCCCUGGGCCAGGACCAAAUCCUCCUUGGGAUUUCAUGCUGGGAGAACGGAGCACCCAGACCCCAGGGAUAUCUCCCUGGUGGCUGCCCAAAGCCUGAGCACCACGGGGUCCUGCUGUCCCCAUGCGUGAACCCACAUCAAUUAAAUUCCUAUCCAGUUUUC